CGCUUCUUUCAACAGCAGCAAGUUAGUCAGCCACCUCGGUAGAUUGCUAGACGAAAUAGCUGAAUCAAUAAAGCUCUUUAGACGCGUAUAUUAGUCACUGUGUUUUAAAACCACUUCUGUGGUCUAGUUAGUUAUCCGAUUUAAUUUAAUAUUUACGGUGUUAUUAUUAUUCAGCUAGCGGACUGGUUAAGUUAGCAUUAGCAUAGCUAACAUCCCGACCAUGCGGUCACUAAGCUACUCUCCUUCUAAUGAAGGGGAUAUCACAGUAAAACAAGAAGUAGAGUGUGAGGCUGUUACUGUGAAAGAUGAAGACGCGUUCAGAGUGAAAGAGGAGGAGGAUGUUACAGUAAAGGGAGAGGAGGGUGCAGUUUAUGGAUUGAAAGAGGAGUGGGAGAUGACUGUUAAACCGAAAAAGGAGGAGGAAGAAGAGAAGGAGGAAACUGGAUAUCUGGGCCCGGUUUCCCAAACGCAUCUUAAGGCAUCCAAUGGUUCUAACGGUGAAUUUAGCCAUAAGAUGGUUUUGAAAAACCGUUCCCGGAUUAACACUAGAGAGAGACGUGACUAUCGUAGAUCCUCUGGGGAGCUUCAACAACAUCAUGAUGCUGACAAGGCAGAGAAGAGUCUCUCCACAUCAGAACACCUCAAGAAACACCAGCAGAGACCCACAGGGAAGAGAACUCACCGCUGCUCUGAUUGUGGGAAGAGAUUCACCUCAUCAGGCAUUAAAAUUCAUCAGACAAUCCACAUAGGAGAGAGACCUUUUAGCUGUACACAACGUGGGAAGAGUUUUACUCAGUCAACCACCCUGAUAUCACACCAUAGAACACACACAGGAGAGACAUCUUAUAGCUGUGAUCAAUGUGGGAAGGGUUUUGCUACAUCUCGCUAUCUAACUAAACACCAGAGAACACACACAAGAGAAAAACCUUUUACCUGUACUCAAUGUGGGAAGAGCUUUACUGGGUCUUCCUGUCUGACUAAACACCAGAGAACACACACAGGAGAGAAAUCUUAUAGCUGUGCUCAAUGUGGGAAGAGUUUCACUACUUCUAGCUAUCUAACUAUACAUCAGAGAACACACACAGGAGAGAAACCUUAUAGCUGUGAUCAAUGUGGGAAGAGUUUUGUUACAUCUAGCAGUCUGACUAAACACCAGAGAACACACACCGGAGAGAAACCUUAUAGCUGUGCUCAAUGUGGCAAGAGUUUUGUUACUUCUAGCAGUCUGACUAUACACCAGAGAACACACACAGGAGAGAAACCUUAUAGCUGUGCUCAAUGUGGGAAGAGCUUUACUGGAUCUUCCUGUCUGAUUAAACACCAGAGAACACACACAGGAGAGAAACCUUUUAGCUGUACUCAAUGUGGGAAGAGUUUUACUCGGUCAACCGCUCUGAUAUCACACCAUAGAACACACACAGGAGAGAAACCUUUUAGCUGUGCUCAAUGUGGGAAGAGUUUUACUACAUCUCGCUAUCUAACUAUACACCAGAGAACACACACAGUAGAGAGACCUUAUAGCUGUGCUCAAUGUGGAAAGAGUUUUACUACAUCUCGCUAUCUAACUAUACACCAGAGAACACACACAGGAGAGAAAUUUUAUAGCUGUGCUCAAUGUGGGAAGAGUUUUACUCAGUCGACCAGCCUGAUGUCACACCAGAGAAAACACACACAGGAGAGAAAUCUUAUAGCUCUGCUGAAUGCGGGAAGAGUUUUACUCCGUCUAGCAAGCGAACUUUACACCAUAUAACACAUACCGGAGAGAAAUCCCAGCUGUGAUCAGUUUGACCAGAGAUAAUCUGAUAAAAUACCUCGGAUCAAACAUCAGAAAAUUCAUACAUGAAGGAGUUGUUUCAAUGAUAUCAAUGAAUUCAUGUCACAAUGUUGUACAAGGAGUAUUUUGAUAAUGUCACAAUGUCGAUCUGUAAUCAUUUGCGUCCUGUUCUAUUGAUUUCAACUUAUAUGCGCCUCAGGGAAAAAUCCAGGCUCUGAAUUGAAAGAGUUACUAUUUAUGUGAUUUAACAAAAAGUGGCUACCAAAAAAAGAGAUGUGUUGGCGACCCACUUGAAUCAAAAUUGAAGCAGUCUGUUUUAUACAAAUUGUCCUCUAACCAGGCAUGUACGCAUUAUUCCCAGGUUCCGUGUGUUUUUUGAGCUGUUGGUUUUAACAGGACGUGCAACCUCAUCUCCCUCCUCUCGCACAAAUGAUUUUUGCGAUGAGUUAUGACACAUAAUUGUUGUGUUCGUUUGUUUAGCGACCCCUAAAUUUUUAUGCAUCACUCCAAAAUGUAGCUGACUGUCUUCUGCAUGUUGUCCUAACCAGUGAAGGGAAAGAUAUCUCCCAUUUCCAUGUUUUUUUUAGUUGUGUUAGUUUCAACAUCACGUACAACCUGAUUUCCCCCCUAAUUGAUAUCGGUGAUUUAUUGCUACUUGUCAAAACAACAGUGUUUCCGAUGCUUGUGCAGUUUAUAAGGAGCUUGUUUAAAAAAGUAAUACGAUUAUUAUUAAUAUGAUUAUUACAAACAGAUGUUUGUGUACAUAGCACAUUUUAUGUUUAGGGUUUCAAUAUAUCCCAAACUGUUUCUGAAUAUUUGUUAUUGAUUUGGACACGUUAAAACUGUGUUUUGACAUUGGGGCUAUUCCACCAGGCAAAAUGUUGUUGAAAAUAUGUAUUUUCGGGUCAUUUUUUAAAAUUACUUUAAAGCAACGUAAUUUCAACGUACUUUCAGUAGCCGAGUGGUUAGAGCGUUGGACCAGUCACCGAAAGGUUGCUGGAUCAAAUCCACGAGCUGACAAGGUAAAAAUAUGUUGUUCUGCCCCUGAACAGGGCAGUUAACACACUGUUCCUAGGCCUUCAUUGUCGAUAAGAAGUUGUUCUUAACUGACUUGCCUAGUUAAAUAAAAAGUGGACUAGAUUUCUUGAAGCUAGUGAGUUUUCCGAUUCUGUAAAGAACAUUUUGAAAAAAAUAAUACUAUUGUAUAUUAUUAUUUAGAAAUACGUGUUUUUAAUUGUUGACAGCCAGUAGACACCAUGUUUGUAUUGUAGAAGGUGAAGCAUUGUAGUUGAUUAUAAUGUGAAAUGGAAGUUGUUGGUGGUGAGCAAACUUGUCCAUCAAAAAUAUAGGAUAUAUUUGUUGUCUUAAGUGGGAAGGUGUUACAGGCUUUGGAUUUUCCAUUUAUGUUUUGAGGUUGGACUUUAGCUCGUCUAACUCGUUAGCACCUCUUGCUCAUCAGCACGUCAAGCUUGUUAGCACGUAGGACGCACUGAUUGCUGUCACCUCGUUAGUAUGUGUUACACCUGUGCUGGCUUGUCCAUCUCGUUAGUGGGAAGGUGUUUCACCUGAGAUGGUCCAGGUUCUAUUUAAGAGUGUCUGGCCCAGUGCUCCAGUUGUCUUGAAAUAUGUGGAGAGUCAACACCUUUAGUUGCUCCACCUUUUCCUAUUAAAGAUGUUUUUCAUUUCA